UGAUGUAAGAAUAUUUGCUGAGUCUCUUGCUUUUUCAAAACCAUACCGCAUGCGUCCAGAGUUUUGCUGUUGAGAAAAUUUGUCUUUUUAAACACAUUUAAACUAUUAGCGAAGAUUAACGAAAUGUUGUUGGAAGGUUUAUUUGUCUGCGGUCGAGAAGACGCAAUUCCAUUGAAAAGUCUUUCCGUACGAGCGUUUCUUCAGGGUUAUGUUGUUGGCUUUCGUUCAACGUUGACCUACGAAAACAAUACAUCAAUCCCGCUCGAAGUCUUCUUCCGUACGCCUGUCGAUGACUCGUAUGCUGUUGUCGGUUUGGAAGCUACUAUCGAUGGUAGAAAGGUCCAAGCUAAAGUACAAGAGAAAGAAAAAGCGAAAGAAAUGUACAAGGAAGCAAUAUCACAAGGAAAGACAGCUGCGUUUGGAGAAGAAAAGAAAGGUGAUAUAUUUAGUUUGGUGCUGGGAAACCUUCCCCCAGGUGAGAAUGCUGUGUUGCAACUGACCAUGGUGGGUGAGCUUGCUGUUGAACCUGAUGGUGCUGUGAGGUUUGUUCUACCAACAGUUUUGAAACCACGGUACACACCCCUUGGAAGCACAGACCCCCUUGCACCAGAAACGUCUACUUCAGGAAGUGCCACAGUACACCAUGCAACAGGACCACCAGUAUAUGAAUUUGAGAUGGUGAUAAAUGGUGCGCCUAGCAUUGCCGAGGUAACAUCUCCAUCCCAUGAGAUCCAUGUUGAGAACACUGGUCAGAAUAUUAAUGUUUGUUUGGCUGAAGAAAAACAGACUGAUAUUGUGAUACUGAUUCGGUCAAAAGAAGUACACAAACCUUUGGUAAUUGUUGAACCUGGUAUGUCAAAUGGUGAGAAUGAUUUCCAGAAAAGCACAGCAGUUAUGGUCAGUUUCUUCCCCGAAUUCAAAGGUGACAGUUCUUGCCUCCAAGCUGCUUGUGAGUUUGUGUUUGUGGUUGAUCGUAGUGGAAGCAUGGAAGGGUCCUAUAUCAGAGAUGCUGCACAAACACUCUUGCUUUUCCUAAAGAGUAUCCCUGAAGGCUGUUAUUUCAAUGUGAUUGGUUUUGGAAGUCGAUAUGAGAAGCUAUUUCCUGAGAGCGUUCCUUAUGACCAGAAAAAUCUGGAAAAAGCAGUGCAACAUGCAGAAAACCUUCAAGCAGACCUUGGUGGUACGGAGUUGUUUGACCCUCUAAAAUAUAUUUACAGCCAUGACCCAAUGAAAGGCUUACCUAGACAAGUUUUUGUUCUCACUGAUGGAAGUAUCAGUAAUACAGAAUCAGUAAUCAAGCUUGUUGCAAAGAAUUCAACUAACUCAAGAUGUUUCUCUUUUGGUAUUGGCUCUGGAGCAUCAAGCACUCUUGUGAAAGGAAUUGGCAGAAGCAGGAAAAGGUUGCUGCAGAAUUCAUCACUUCAGGAGGAGAGAAAUGGCCAAGAGAGCCAACCAUCUUUCACUGCUUGUGCAGGAAAAGCAAUUAUAUGUUGCACCUUUCAGGUAAUCAGUUCUUUAAAGAAAGCCAUGCAACCAGCAGUUACCAACACCCAAGUCUCGUACACUACUCCUGCUGGUGUGACAGUUACUUCUGUACCAAAAGGGUCUCUUCCAGCAAUUUUUAUUGGAGAACGUUUAAUAGUUUAUGCCAUCCUUCAUCACAGUUCACUUUCUUCUGAAACACAAGAAGGAACGGUUUGCCUGACUGGUGAUUUACUCGGGGCAAAGGUUGAACACAACAUGAGAUUUCAAGUUCCACUGGCGGUGACGAAAGACAACAUGUCCCAGGUGUCAACUAUUCAUCAUCUUGCUGCUAAAAGAUCCAUCAAGGAAAUGGAAUCGAGCAAUGACAGCAGUCCAGAAAUAAAGCAGCUCAGUUGUGAUUCAAAUGUGAUAUCUUCCCAAACAGCAUUUAUCGCCAUUGAUGAAGAAAGAAAAAAGGCGGUGAAAGGAAGCCUGCAAACCUGGGAUAUUCUGCCUGAUGAACAUCACAUGGAGACGUUUUGGUACAAGACAACGAAACGUUCUCGGUUCCGCCGCCCUGUGAAUGAUUCAUGCGUUUACGGGGAGUCUGAUACACACUUUAAGAGCUUAAGAAAACGUUUUAAACGAUCCUCCUCGCCUAUUUCUGCCCCGGCAGCUUCAUACCCGGCAGAACAACUCUCCAGACCUACUAAACAAAGCAUAACUCAUUCCUCGUCCUCACUCCCUAAUAUAGUGCUUACCCGCUUCUCAGAGUCUCCCUGGCCCCCUCCCCCUCAAAUGGCUAUGUACGAGACGAGUUCUUCAGAGUCAACUGCAACAGAGAAUCCACUCGCAACGAUCAUCAGCCUUCAGCUCGCCAGUGGUGCGUGGAAAAUGUCAACAUUCCUGAGCGAUGUUAUCUCUAAAACCACAGAAGAGAUAAAAGAUGCGUGUCCAGUGUCUUGUGAAGGUGAUAUGGAGUCAAUCUGGGCGACAAUUAUUGUCUUGACGUAUCUGCAACUUCGCCAGUCAAAUUUCAAAGAUGAAUGGGAGUUGAUUGCCCUCAAGGCUGAAACAUGGCUGACAAAACAAAGUCUUCCUCAAGGAUCUUCCAUACAAGAUUUACGAGAAAAAGCUGAAGCAUUUCUUUCUUAACUUACAAAAUUACAAUAAA